AUGGCCAACACAACGGGGCUCAAUACCACAGAAGUCAUAGGCUCCGUUGGGCUGGUCCUGGCGGCCUUCUUGGAGGCGGUGACAUUGCUGGGCAACGGUGCUUUGCUGUCUGUGGUGCUGCGUACGCCCGGACUGUGUGACGCGUUCUACUUGACACACCUGUGUGUGGUGGACCUGCUGGCAGCCGCCUCCAUCAUGCCGCUAGGCCUGCUGGCUGCACCACCGCUGGGACUGGGCAGCGUGCACCUGGGCCAAGCUCCGUGCCGCGCUGUUCGCUUCCUUUCCGCGGCACUGCUGCCCGCGUGCACGCUCAGCGUGGCAGCCCUUGGCCUGGCGCGCUAUCGCCUCAUAGUACACCCGCUGAGGCCGGGGGCACAGACGUCGCCUGCGCUCGUGCUUGCCGUAGUGUGGGCUUCGGCUGGACUGCUAGGCGCGCUUUCUUUGCUCGGGCCGCCGCCCGCACCGCCCCCUGCUCCAGCGCGCUGUUCAGUCCUAGCCGGUGGUCUCGGGCCCUUCCGGCCACUCUGGGCGCUGCUGGCCUUUGCACUGCCUGCCCUUCUGUUGCUUGGCGCCUACGGCAGCAUAUUCCUUGUGGCCCGCCGCGCUGCCCUGCGACCCCCGCGUCCCUCGCGAGGCUCCCGUCUGCGGUCUGACUCUCUAGACAGCCGUCUCUCCAUCCUGCCCCCCCUCCGGCCUCGUCUGCCAGGGGGCAAGGCGGCCCUGGCCCCAGCACUGACCGUGGGCCAGUUUGCAGCCUGCUGGCUGCCCUAUGGCUGCGCAUGCCUGGCGCCCCCGACGCAGGCAGCAUCAGCGGAGGCGGCAGUCACCUGGGUGGCCUAUUCUGCUUUCGCAGCUCACCCCUUCUUGUACGGACUGCUUCAGCGCCCUGUGCGCCGAGCUAUGGGUCGCCUAGCCCACCGUGUACUGUCUCGAACCCCACGGACCUGUGCUCUGCAAGCCUGGCACCCGCGAACACUCCAGCAGCUCAACCAGGCACACCCUGAGAGCCCUGCCCUAGGCCCUUCUGAGGUUCCAGAACAGGUCCCCGAGGCAGAAGGGAGCUUGAAUAUGCCACAGGCCACCUGA